GCGCUACUCCAAUCUCGACACAAGGAGCUGCUUUCACUUUCCGAAUUAGCGCGGUUUAGCUCGAAAAGGCGGGGGGGGGCGCUGCGAGUGGAGGGGGACCACCGUUGUCUCCAGUUCGGCUGCCCGGUGCCCCAGAAGAAAGAUGCGGCUCUUAAUGGAAGUUGUUCUCGCUCCCCGGAGGAGCUCUUGGCUGUUCCCCAUCUUCCCGUUCAUGUGGGGCUUCGUGAUAGCUUCAUCGCUUGUUAAUGCUCGACCCACAUACCUGUUGGCAGUUCCUAAAAUAAUCCGACCUGGAGCAAAUCUAACUAUUGGAGUUUGUCUCUUGAAGGAAAGCCCUUCAAGCAUCAGAAUACAAGCGCAAGUACUCUUGGCAAAUCGAUCCAUAUUACAAGGAGAAGAAGUCUUUCAAAGAGAUUCCUUUAGGACACUAGUCCUUCCAUCUAUCCCAUUGGGCAGUACUAAUGCCUAUUAUGAAUUGUUAGUGAAUGGAUAUUCAAAAGGACAACUGCUGUUUUCUAAUCUUACAUCACUGCUAUUUGCAAGCAAAAGUUUUUCAGUCUUCAUCCAGACUGACAAGGCAAUGUAUAAACCAGGACAAGAUGUGAAAAUACGGGUUGUUACUCUGCAUUCUGACCUCAAACCAUAUAAUACUCCUGUAAAUAUAUACAUUCAGGAUCCUCAACGAAAUUUGAUCCAGCAAUGGUUGACACAGAACGGAAAACUGGGCAAGAUCGCUAAGCAGUUCAAAUUAUCUAAACAUCCUCUCUUGGGUGAUUGGUCUAUAGAGGUUCGAGUAAAUGAUCAAGCCUUUUAUCAAUCAUUUGCAGUAAUGGAAUAUGUGGCACCAAAGUUUGAAGUCUCUUUAACAACACCUAAGUACUAUUCUCGGGAAAGUAGGUUGAAUGGCACUAUCACAGCAAAGUACAUAUAUGGAAAACCAAUGAAAGGAAAGGUCACUAUUGAUUUCUUCUCAUUGUUUCAAAUGCAGAACAUAAAGAUAACUAAAAUAAUGGAGAUUAAUGGUUCUUUGAACUUUACACUGGAGAGUCCAGAGAUAAAAAAUCUAACUGUCAAAGAUGAGGAUACAUUUUACCCAAUGCCUAUAGAAAUUAUAGCUGUUGUUACAGAAUCUCUUACAGGAAUCUCCCAAAAUGCAAGUGCUACAGUAUUUCCACAGCUGCAUGAUUAUGUAUUAGAUUUUCUUGAGUAUCCAAGAUUCUUGAAGCCUUCUCUGAACUUCAUUGCUACGCUGAAAGUAAGAAGAACUGAUAAUCAUCCAUUAACGUCUGAUGAACAAAAGAAUAAUGUCACAAUCAUGGUCAGACAGUCAAAAAUUUAUUAUCCGAUAUAUGGCUAUGAAAAUGAAUUGCAGGAAAAGAACACCAAUUAUGAACUAAGUUAUCCUGUUCCAGAAAAUGGAAUUAUUCAGAUUGAGCUUCCAGUUUUAGCUAAUGCAACAGUUUUGCGUAUUAAGGCUGAAUUUCUGGAGAGUCAGGCUUCCAUAGCAAUACAAGAUGUGUUCUACUCACCCAGUUUGUCUUACCUUCAGAUUAGAAAAACAAGCAAGGAUUUAAAAGUUGGGAUACCUUUGGAACUCAGCGUUCAGAGCAGCAUGCCUUUGAAUGAGAUCAAUUAUAUGGUGAUAUCCAGAGGUCAGAUUGUGGAUGCCGGGAAAAAGAUGACCACAACAUUAAGUUUAAUCCCAGAACAUUCUUGGGCUCCUAUGGCUUGCAUAAUUGUAUUCUAUGUGCAUGAUAACGGGGAAAUAAUAAAUGAUGCUCUACAUAUUCCUGUUCCACUGACUUUUAAAAAUCAGAUUAACAUGCAAUGGAGUAAAAAUAAAGCUGGACCUGCUGAGGAUAUCACCCUCAAAAUCAAAGUGACAGAACCCCAAACCUCAGUUGGACUUUUAGUUAUUGACAAAAGUAUAAAUUUGUUGGGAAAAAGAAAUGAUAUCACAGAGGAUGCUAUACACCAUGAGCUAAAUUUAUAUGAUACAAAACCGUAUGAUGUGGAAGCUGGAAGUGCUUUCAGUGUUUUUCAGAAUAACAAUCUCUGGAUAUUGACUGAUGCCAACCUUUCAGAACAUGAGGACUAUGAUGAUUUACUGGAUUAUGUUUUGUAUGACAUGGAAGACAUGGCUCCUCUAUCUGUAUCCCAUGAAUAUAUCCCAGCAUUGCAUGACAGUGAUCUCCAUGUGAGGAAGAAUUUUCCAGAGACUUGGCUUUGGCAGGAAAUAAUGACAAGAUCUACUGAAACAACAAUAAAUGUUACUGUUCCUGAUACCAUUACAUCCUGGGUAGCCAGUGCAUUUAUAAUAUCUGAAAAUCUUGGAUUGGGUGUGAUGAAAAUACCCAUUGAGUUAGAAGUCUUCCAGCCUUUUUUUGUUUCCUUAAACCUUCCUCCUAGUGUCAUAAGAGGAGAACAGUUUAUAUUGGAAGUUAACAUGUUCAAUUAUUUGAAAGAAAGCACUGAGGUGACAGUUACUCUUGAUAUGAGUGAUAGCUUUGAAAUUUUUAUUCUCUCUAAUGAUAUAAAUGCCAUUGGAAACCAACAUACUGUUUGGGUACCAAGUGAAGAUGGGAAGACCAUCUUCUUUCCGAUUAAGCCAAAGCAGAUUGGAGAAAUUCCCAUCAAAGUGACGGCAAUAUCACCCAUUGCUUCUGAUGCUAUUCUCCAGAGACUAUUAGUGAAGGCUGAAGGAUUAGAACAAAUUUACUCAGAGACAGUUCUUUUGGACUUAUCCAAAAGAACUAAUCUUACAGAAAUUUUGAAUUUCAAUUUCCCCUCUGAUGUAGUUCCUGGCAGUGAAAGAGUGCAAGUUACAGUUACUGGUGACAAACUUAGUUCCUCUAUCAGUGGUUUGGAGUCACUGGUCAAGAUGCCUUAUGGUUGUGGGGAACAAAAUAUGAUUACCUUUGCACCUAAUAUUUAUAUUCUGGAUUAUUUGAGUAAAACAGGCAACCUCCAAACCCAAUUUAAAUCAAAAGUCCUGUCAUAUAUGAGAGAAGGUUAUCAAAGAGAGCUGCUCUAUAAAAGACCUGAUGGCUCUUUCAGUGCCUUUGGAAACAGAGAUCCCUCUGGGAGUACAUGGUUAUCAGCUUUUGUAUUAAGAAGUUUCUUUCAAGCACAACUAUACAUUGAUAUUGAUCCAUAUGUCAUGGAGAGAACAACUGCUUGGAUCCUCAGUCAUCAGAAAUUCAAUGGAGAAUUUGAGGAGCCUGGACGAGUUCUACACACUGAGCUUCAAGGAGGCACUAGCGAUUCUGUUUCACGGACAGCUUAUAUCUUGACUACUCUAUUAGAGUUCAAUGAGAUUGAUAACUCUAUAAAAAAAGCACUGGGCUUUCUUGAAUUUCAAUUGAAUAACAUCGUAUUGGAUAAUCAUACGCUGGCUCUUGUGACUUAUGCAUUAUCACUUGCCAAAAGUCCAGCAGCAAAGGGAGCUCUCAACAAACUGAACGAGAGAUCAGAACGACAAGGAGAACUAAGGUUCUGGACAUCACCAUCUUCUGGACUCUCCAGUUCCUGGCAGCCACGUUCUGCAGAUAUUGAAGUUGCAGGUUAUGCUCUCUUGUCUCAUUUUAUUCAACAAAGACUGUUAGAGGCGAUUCCAAUUAUGAAAUGGCUAAGCAAGCAAAGAAAUCACCUGGGAGGUUAUUCUUCUACACAGGACACUAUUGUGGCUCUGCAGGCCUUGAGUACCUUUGCGACACUUACAGCUGAUUCUGUGACAGAAAUGGAUGUGACAGUGAACGGAUCCAUGGAAGAAAAUCCAACGGUUUUCCACAUUGAUCAGGAAAACCGUUUUGUUCUCAAGACCAAAGAGUUUCCAGCUGCACAGCCUGUUAGAAUUACAAUUUCUGCAAAUGGCCGUGGUUUUGCUAUUUUUCAGCUCAAUGUUAUAUACAAUGUGAAAAAUUCACAUACUAGCAAAAGGCGUAGUCGAUCUGCACAAAAUCAAGAAGCCUUUGAUUUAGAUGUCUAUGUAAAGGAUGAUCAAAAAGACAUAAAUAGCUUAACUUUAAAUGUGUGUACCAGAUAUCUGGGUACUGGCUCGUCUUUAAAAACCGGCAUGGCUCUCAUGGAGAUCGGAUUACUGAGUGGCUUCUCUCUGUCACCUCGUUUUGUGUCAUUAGUUGACCCAGUUAAAAAGGUGGAAAAAGAGGAAGGCAAAAUCCAUUUAUAUCUGGACUCUUUAAACGAAACACAGUUUUGUGUGGAUAUUCCAGCUGUGAGAGACUUCAAAGUGGUAAAUACCCAGGAUGCUUCAGUGACUGUGAUGGAUUAUUAUGAACCCAGGAGAAGAACAGUGAAAAGUUACAACUCCUUGGUGAUGCAGAGUUUGUCGUCUUGUUCUUUCUGUGAAGAUGAUGAAUGUAAUUUUUGUAAAACAGAUGGCUCUUUAUCUGUUUCUCUCUCUUUGGAAUUGUUAGUACUGCUAGUGCUGUCAACUUUCUAUGUUGUGGUCUGAUUUAAAUAACUGGGUGACUGGUGCUUAUUGCACUGAUGAAAGUACCAUUGAUUGUAUUUUCCUGCAUAAGGAGAGUCUGGACCCUGUGAAAAUCGACUUUAAUAGGUCUAAACUCUGUGCAAGAAUUUGCAUGUCAAAUUGAGUAAGGGCAAAUUGCUCGGAAUGGAAAACUCUUCACAUUUGUACCAUUUUUAUUUUCAUUGGCAUCUUCUAUACUGGUGUUUCUCUCAUACUUGCCAAUUUUAAGACGUGCGGGCUUCAAAUCCCAGAAUUCCCCAGACAGCAAAUCCACACAAUAUAAAAUUGCCAAGAAUUGAAAAAUACUUUUCUUUAUCUAUUAAAUGCUUAGGGACAAUGCAAAAUCUUAUAUACUGCAUAUGUUUGCCUAGUAAAAAGUCUGAAGGGCUUUUCUAAUAAGUGUAUACAAGAUUGCAAUCUAAACUAUUUUCUUCAGUGAAAUAGGGGAGGGUCCAGACUCUGACCUUUAUUCUGAAUUAGAUAAUGUUAAAUUAAAAUUAAAUGGCUUUGUCUGAAACUUUAAUCAUUUUUUUAAAAAUUUAAAGCAUGUCUGAAUGAGACCAAACUGGUAUUCAGGAAAGAACUGAAAAGGAGUAUAUAUUUUGUAUAAGUUUCUUAUUUUUAUAGCAAAUUUGAGAGUUUUUUUAAAGGAAUAUUUUUUAGUUUUAGUGGUUAUGCAAUAUAUUAUUUAAGUCUUACAUCCCUAAUUUAUGGGAUUUAGUUUAUGGUACAUUUCAGGCUAACACUUAAUUUAUCGGCACAGGAUUGAGCCUCUCCUUCAAAGCAGUUUAAUAAGUACUUUGGGCCAGAUUAACAUUCAUUGCAAGAAUUACUGAUUUCCUCAGUUAUGUUCUAAAAAUCUAAAUUACUCUUAUAUGCAUUGAUUGUACAAUGUGCACAUAAGGAGACAUACUGAAUUACAGUUAAAAAACAUUUCAAGCUGCUGGCCAUAAUUGAUACUUUAAUAGUCACGUGAAAAAUGCUUAAACUGUGCUAAAAACAAAAUAUGCCGCAUUAUGUGUUGGAGUGCAUGAUUUUUGUAUGUGUGUUAAAGGUAAAUAUAAGAAAGCAACAGACAUAUUAUGAUAAAAGCUUCUUUUUAAUUAGAAAUUUUGUGUUUUCUUUUACAGUAUGACAUUUAUUACUUGCUCUUAUUACUAGAGAGUAAGAUAAAAUAGUUCAGUGGCUUGCUUCAAACUGAAACCACCUUGUCCUGCCAAUUCUAUGGGCAAAAAAACCCAAAAGUUCUUGUUAAACUAGAAGAUUAAUCCAAUAGGAACUCUACCUUUGAAGAAUUUUAAUGUGAUACAAACUUUAUGAUAAGUUACUCAGACAUAGAACACUUUGCAGAAAAAGAAAGACUAGCCGUAUACAGUAAAUCAUUCUUUUAGUAACUAUUACAACCACACUGAAAAAAGUGAAUGACUUAUGACCAUUACAACAUCCCUGUAAUCAAUGAUCAAAAUUUGGUUGCUUGGCAACUGGCAUGUAUUAUUAUUGCAAAUGACCUGGGGACCUUUGCUUUUGACAAGCAAAGUCAAUGUGGAAGCCCGAUUCACUUAACAACUGUGUUACUUGAGGGCAAGUAAAAUGGGACAAAACUCACUUAACUGUCUUGCUUAGCAGUAUAAAUUUUGGGUUCAAUUAUGGCUGUAAGUUGAAGACUAUCUCUAUAGAAAGAAACAAAAUAUUAAUAUUGAGAUGGCUGUCAGUCUAAAUAGAACACAAAGAAGAGCCCAAUCUGAAAUAAAGAUAGCAGUGUUUUUGUCACUGAAAUCAGAUCAAAAUCUGCUUCCAUCUUCCUUAAAAGUAAGAUUCAAUAAAUGAAUGAAAAGAAAACUUGAACCAGUAGAGGGUAAAGCUGCAUCCAUGUUAACAAAUGCCAGUAUUUGUAGGUUGCCAGUGAUGCAGGACUAUCAAAUAUCAACUAUAUAGUGCAACUAAUUCACUUAGAUAGGAAGUGAAGCACUGGAUUAAAAUAAUGAAGUGGUCAGGCACAGGUUUAAACAUUUAGAAAGGAAACUGAACAAAUGUAGACAAAUAUGUGAUGAAUAUUAAGAUUCAAAUAAGAGAACUUUAAGCAACUUUAGCUGCAUUACGUCUUAAGUGCACAAUAUCAAUUCUCAAGGGGUUUGGCAUAUUUGCCUAUUUUAUUUGGCACUGUAUGCUUUAAUUUGAAUAUUGAAUACCGCUAAGGAAAAAGUGCAUGGAAUAAAGAUUAUACACACAUACUUGAAAAUACAAAUUUCUCUAUCCCUAUAUGUACACGUGUGCCUAACACUGAAUAAAGAAAAGUGCAUUAUGGCUGCAAGAAAAUACUUGUUUAAGAUUUUAGGAUUUUGUACAUGUAUAUGAGAAUGAGAUCUUUAAUUAUGUUGUAAAUACCCUAUUAAACUAUAUCU